UUGCAACAUUACCAAAUCAUUCACCACUUAUAUUUAAUUUCUUCAUCACUCAACAUACAACAUUUUCAAAAAAAGGAAAACAAAAAUGUCUUCUAGAGGUACUUGUGAACCACUUGCAGUAGGGAGAGUAAUAGGUGAAGUAGUAGACAGUUUUAGUCCAAGUGUGAAAAUGAAAGUUAUAUACAAUGGGAGCAAACAAGUUUCUAAUGGCCAUGAGAUCAUGCCUGCUGUUGUUGCAACUCAACCUCAUGUCGAAAUUGGUGGUGAAGACAUGAGAUCUGCUUAUACACUCAUCAUGACGGACCCUGAUGCUCCAAGUCCUAGUGAUCCAUACUUGAGGGAACAUCUCCAUUGGAUUGUGACAGACAUUCCUGGUACAACUGACAUCUCAUUUGGAAGGGAGAUAGUGUGCUACGAGACACCAAAGCCGGUAAUUGGGAUACAUCGUUAUGUAUUUUUGUUGUAUAAACAAAGAGGAAGGCAAACAGUGAAAGCACCAACAACAAGGGAUCAAUUCAAUACAAGGAGUUUUUCGGCGGAAAAUGGAUUGGGAUCCCCUGUUGCUGCUGUUUAUUUCAAUGCCCAGAGAGAAACUGCAGCUAGAAGAAGAUGAAUUUCACACACACACACACAAAAUAAGCUAAAUGCACUUUGCAUAGUGAAACCACAGUACAGACAAAAGUAUUACUAUUAGUACAACGUCACC